GACAAUAACCAAAAACCGUCCUCUUCCAAUAGCCACAGAAAACGAAAGAAUUAAAAUUUCCAGAGAGAAGAGAAGAAGAAAGAAGAAAGUUUCUUUUAUACGUACCCAAUCGACACUAAUUGCUCGAUUCCAUCAUCUUUCAAUCACUCCCUAGACAUCUUAUUCUUCUUCUUCCCCUUUACUUGCUUUUCCUCUGUUUGGCGUUAAGAGGUGCGAUUCUCCAUGAAAACAUCUGGGUUUACUUGAAUUUCCGAUUCAAUUGUAAUCAGGGGUUCGUGUUUCGGAUUCACCCGAAAGAAAAAGUUUUCAGCUUCGCCUCAAAACCCACAUGGGAUUGGCAGUGAACAGUAGACUGAGAAGAAGAAGAAGAACAGUGAUACUAUCCAUCGAGUGUUUGCUACGAUUAUGUCCAUAACAAAAUCUUCAGAAUCGGUUGAAGAAUCAUUUAACGCUCGUUACUCGUUAUGGAUCAAAGAAGCUCUAGACGAGCUCCCUCACAGCUUCACGAUCACCGACCCGUUUAUUUCGGGUCACCCGAUCGUUUUUGCGAGCCCGGGGUUCCUGAAAAUGACUGGGUACUCGCGGGAAGAAGUAAUCGGAAGAAAUGGGAGGGCUUUUCAGGGGCCUAAGACCAAUCGGAGAUCGAUCAUGGAGAUUCGCGAGGCGAUUCGUGAGGAGAGACCGAUUCAAGUGAACCUAUUGAAUUACCGUAAAUCCGGAUCGCCGUUUUGGAUGCUGUUUCAUAUGAUUCCUGUUUUCGAGAAAAUGGAUGGGAAAGUGAUCCAAUUCGUGGCGGUUCAGGUCCCGAUCUCGGGGCAAGAGCAUCAUCACCGGAAGAUGAGAAACGGGUCGGGUCUUAGCGGAGAUGGGUCGGAUCGUUCCGAGUUGGUGUAUGGUUCUUGUCGAAGAGAGGUUUGCUUGGGCGCUUUUGUGCGUAAGGAUCGAGCUCUACCAGUUGAAUGUGAUGAACAAGGAUUAGAGAACUGGGAACACUGUGAAGCGAGUGAGUCUGAGAAGCUAAAAGCUGUUGAAGCAGUUAACAAUGUAUUAUCUAUUUUGGCGCGAUACAGUGAGUUGAGCGGAGGAUUAGUCUGUGGGAAGCGAUACUGCUUGCGUGGUGCAGAUUGCUUAAGCUCGUCGUUAGUUAUUUCUCUCGGUAGAAUCAAACAAAGUUUCGUAUUAACCAAUCCGUGCUUACCAGACAUGCCUAUCGUUUAUGCGAGUGAUGCAUUUUUGACAUUGACUGGUUACAAGAGACAAGAAGUGUUGGGACAAAACUGUAGAUUUCUGACUGGAGUUGAUACAGAUUCCUCAGUACUAUACGAGAUGAAGGAGUGUAUUUUAAAGGGGCAAUCAUGCACAGUGCAAAUACUAAAUUACAGUAACAGAAAAGAUAAGAGCACAUUCUGGAAUCUUCUUCACAUAUCACCAGUUCGUAAUGCUUCAGGCAAGGUAGAAGCAAGUUGCAGAAACGCUGAAAGUGAAGAAGUGAGACCAGAGACAAGGCAACUGAGUGUGGUCGGUGCGGUUAGAGUUGCGGUCAGAAGCUCAUUCAUGGUAACUUGCUAAUAAUAUAAGCCAGAAAGAAAAUGCAUCUUAGAAAGAAGUAGAAGAGUAUGAAGUGAAUUCGAAAUCUAUAUAUAUAUAUAUAUAUACAUCAUUGUACAUGAAUAAAGCUUUUAUUGUGAUCAUUGAAACUUGGUUCGUCUAAACUCUAAAUUUUAAAACGACGCAAGCUUUUAGCAUUUUAGCA